UCAGAGCUAGUACUCGGAGAAUGAAGGCACAGUUACUCCUACGACAUCGAACGUAUUGCUCAAGCAUCCCUCCCACUGCAAAUGCUAAAAUCACUCAUAUCUCUCGUAUCGGACAGAUUCAUGAAGCUCGGAAACUUUUUGAUUCAUGUGACUCGAAAUCAGUGUCUUCCUGGAAUUCAAUGGUUGCUGGGUACUUUGUGAAUCGCAUGCCCCGAGAUGCACAGCUACUGUUCGAUGAAAUGCCUGAGAGAAACAUUAUCUCUUGGAAUGGGUUGAAACAGGGAGUUAGACCGACUUUUCCAACAUUGAUCAGCGUUCUUUCGGUCUGCGCCAGCUUAGCAAGCCUCCACCAUGGUAAACAGGUCCAUGCUCAGUUGGGCAUUAUCAUGUGGAAUUCAAUCGUAUCUGGUUAUACCUCACACGGUCUAGGAGAGGAAGCUCUAAAUAUUUUCUAUGAGAUGCCUUUAUCUGGUAGUACUAAGCCUAACGAAGUCACUUUCAUUGCAACUCUCUCAGCAUGUAGCUAUGCUGGGAUGGUUGAGGAAGGGCUUAAGCUCUUUGAAUCUAUGGAAUCAGUUUUUGGGGUUAAGCCAAUCACCGCGCAUUAUGCUUGCAUGGUAGAUAUGCUUGGGCGUGCAGGGCAGUUAGAUGAGGCAAUGGAAAUGAUUGAUAGUAUGACUGUUGAACCAGAUGCUGCAGUUUGGGGUUCUCUAUUGGGAGCGUGCAGAACUCACUCGCAGCUGGAUUUGGCAGAAUUUUGUGCAAAGAAACUCAUAGAGAUUGAACGGGAGAAUUCUGGGACUUAUAUCUUGCUCUCCAACAUUUAUGCAUCUCAAGGUAGGUGGGCUGAUGUUGCGGAACUGAGAAAACUUAUGACGACUAGUUAUGCAUUGCACGAUGUAGACGAGGAAGAGAAAGUCAAUAGCCUGAACUAUCAUAGCGAGAGACUCGCGGUAGCUUAUGCUCUCUUAAAGCUACCUGAAGGAGUACCCAUCCGAGUCAUGAAGAACCUUAGAGUUUGUAGGGAUUGCCACACAGCGAUAAAAUAAUCUCUAAGAAACUGAAGAGCUCUUUGUCUUUCGUAUACUACAGAGAAAGAUUCAAGUCUAAACAAAUGUUAGUCUCAGAUCCGUCUUGCUUUUCCUUAGAGCCAUCAUACUCGUUUGAUGCUGAAGAGCUCUCAUUAGCUGCUUUUUCAAUGUUGUUGGUCUCUGCUUUAUUCAUGAAAAUGAAAUCUUCUGGUUGAA